AGGGAGUCCCAAUAAUCUAAAGCAAUCUGUAAGGACCUGACCUUAGUCCAUCCAGAUCAAUAGGGAAGUGAGGGUGGAAAGAAGAAGAAGAGGAAGAAAUAAGGGGCGCAACCGGAUCGUUUACACUGGCUGUUCCCGAGGAAAUAUAGACUUCCCUUGCUUGCACCUUUUGUUGCUCACAUGCUCACACUGUAAAAGUGGAUAUCGAGGCAAUUCCCUUGCUUUGUGUGAUUGCAGCAGACUUUUCUCCCCCCUUUUCCUACCACCAUGUCUUUCCCUCAACUGGGAUAUCAGUACAUCCGACCGAUAUACCCGCCGGAGCGCCAGGGGAUCGCCAGCAAUGCCCGGGCCGGGACAGAGCUCAGUCCGUCCGGCGCACUCUCCAACGUCCUCUCUACAAUGUAUGGAUCUCCUUUCGCCGCGGCAGCGCAGGGCUAUGGAGCGUUUCUGCCCUACUCUAACGAUAUAUCCAUUUUCAAUCAGUUGGGUGCUCAGUAUGAACUGAAAGACAGUCCCGGUGUCCAGCACCCAGGGUUUGCCCACCAUCACCCUGCUUUUUACCCAUAUGGCCAAUAUCAGUUCGGUGACCCGUCCAGACCCAAAAACGCCACCAGGGAGAGCACCAGCACCCUGAAGGCCUGGCUCAGCGAGCACCGCAAGAACCCCUAUCCAACCAAGGGCGAGAAGAUCAUGCUGGCCAUCAUCACCAAAAUGACCCUCACCCAGGUGUCCACCUGGUUCGCCAACGCCAGGAGGAGGCUAAAGAAGGAGAACAAGAUGACCUGGGCCCCUCGGAACCGCACCGACGAAGAGGGGAAUGUUUACGGCAGCGAUCACGAGGGGGAGGGGGAUAAGAGGGAGGACGAGGAGGAGAUCGACUUGGAGAACAUCGACACGGAAAAUAUUGAGAACAAGGACGACUUGGACGACCAGGACGACCUGCAUUCAGAUAUUAAACUAGACGGGAGGAGUGACUCUGAGAUUUCUGACGGCUAUGAGGAUUUACAAGGGCCCGACCAGAGGUUUCUAAAGGCUGUGGGGAAGGAGGGCAAAGACGUGGAGAGAGGAGGAGAGCACUUCCACAGCCACCACCACCACCAUCAUCAUCACCACUCUUCUUUGGACACCAAAGCGUCCCAAGCAAACGGUGAGCAGCUCAAACUGAACCCGGUGUCCGUUAGCUCUCCGCCCUCAGAAAACAACCCUGCCCCAGCCCAAAAGCCAAAGAUCUGGUCUUUGGCAGAGACAGCCACGGCCCCUGACAAUCCCCGCAAAUCGCCACAAAUGAACGGCAGCAACUCCGCAGGGCCGGCCGCCCAGACCAUAAUCGCCCCUCAUAGACUCAUCUCUUCUUGUCCCGUUGGGAAAAUCCAGAACUGGACGAACCGAGCCUUCUCGGCGCAUCAGCUGGCUUUACUGAACUCAAAUCAUUAUCUGGGACUGGCAAACCAGGCCACUGCCACCGGCCUGGCCCUCUACAGCAGCAGGCAAACGGAGGACAAGAGUCAUAGUUCAGAGACUUCAGUCACAGGUACAUGUCCCCGACACUGAGACGCGCAUGUAUAAAUUACUACAAAGACAAAGACACUAGUCCAUUGCCCGUCAUUCAUUUCUCUUAUGUUAGACCUCCUUUUGCCUUCUUUGCCUGUUCAUGGAUUUUUGUUUCUCUCUAGGCCACACAGAUGAACAGUGUUACAAUGUUACAGAACACAGUGUGUGUGAUGUAUGCGUGUGUGUGUGAGGUGUGUGUGUGUGUGUGCUUUGAAAAAUGGAUUAUAAAAACCUCAUCAGAAAGCAUUUAAGAAAAAUAUCAGAUGUUGAAUUGGGUGAAAACUGUUCUUAAUUCCCUGCCCCUUCCCUCCUUUAUUUGACAUUGUCACAUCCAUAUGAUAUUAAGGCCCAUGUGCUUGUGUUCAGUGGUUUACAUAAAUCCCUCAAGCUUUUAAACCAAGUCGUGUUUCAUCACUAAAAUUCACCGAGACCCACGAUGGGCUCUGAUAAUAGGCAGUUCAGUGAAUGCAUUUUAAUUUUCAUCGCCACAGUUUCAGAGAGAUCUAGUGCCUUGGAUGCAGAGGAGGAAAAAAAAAAGUUGUUAAAAACAGCUUUCCACCCAGUUCAAAGAUAGCGAGGCUGUCAAUUAAUGACAUUUGGGAAUUUUCUUUUUGAUGCCAUAUCACAUUUUCUUUUUAAAUGCCAUAUUUACCCAAAUUAGCUUUUACUCUAAGAUUUUUUUUAUCCCUGUGUGUGUGUGCGCGCUUGUGUUAUUUCGUCAAGGCCUAUGUUACACUUACUUGUUUGGUCAUGCAAAUGAGCUCAAUGCAAAUUCACUACAGGCUCGUUUUUAAAAGGCAAUUGUCACUUUUAUAUCACUUUGUUUUAAAGCUCUUCCUGAGGCUAUUAUUAGUAGGAUUUUUUUUUUAAGAUCCCUUUUUUUUUUUUUUUUUGCUGUUACCCCUGUGUAUUUCAGGCCUCAGAACCAACUAGAAGCAGCGGUGGUUCUUUCCGGCUCUCUCCUGUCCAUAACCUCUCACCCAUCCUCUUUAAUCUUUUUUUUUUUUAAUUUUAAUUUGAAUAUGGAAUGUAAAAUAAGAAUAAUACAUCUCUGUAUACUUACAUUGUAAGCAUGUCCUGUGUAAAACUGCUAAUGUAAUAAUGUAUGAACCUGUAGUCUGUGAGUUUUAUUUUCUUUAUUAUUAUUUUUUUCUUUUUGUAAGUUCUGUGAGGAUUUGAUGUUCAAAUGUUUUGUAUAUAAAGUUAAGAAUAUGUACAUACUUGUGAACCAAAUUGUACAAGAAAGUCUAUAUUUUGGCUAAUAAAUGAACUGCUGCAACUUUAAGGAAUGGUUGGUUUUUGGCCGGGGUAUUUUGACAGCUGCUUUUGAUGGUGGCUGUUAUUGUGCAUUGCAGCUUGAAUUGCAUUGCUUUUGGGUUUUGUGUGUGUGUGUGUGCUAGUGGACAGCCUGAGGCACAGACUUCAUCCUCCAUGGCAGUGAUAAGUAAAUAUUCGAGAGGGAUUUAUCACACUUUUGUAGUGGAGGGACUUAAGGCUAAUUAGCCAGCAUUGCGGCAUACAUUUGGAUAUUAAUGUUGUGGGAUUAUCCUUAUAGAGGCGUAGCGGUCGUAUUAAAAUGAAUAAUUCUUUCAUUAAUUUUCCUCUGAAAUUGUAUGGCCUAUAAAGAGACUUUAGGUAAUGAAUGGCUGCUAGAUGAUCGUUGGUAUUUGGUGAGAGAGCUUCAGCUGAUCCUCAAGAUGGAUUUUGGCUUUGCAGUGCAACUCCCAGAUCUCAUCAUGCUCAAUUUGUAAUGCUUUUGCUCUUCACAUAUAUCAUACAUUCGCCUCCACUAACGCUGCUCUUUGGUAUAAUUGUAAUAUAUGGUCGCUGUAGAACUAAUAAUAACAUCAUUUAUUUUGUUUGCCCGUGAUGUGAUCAUUUGCAUGUGUGAGCUCUUAUCAGAGGAAGUUUAUGUAAACUUAGUGUUGGAGCUCCCUCUACAGUCACAUGGAGUCGGCCAUGUUCUGCUGCACUGACACACACAUUCUGCUCAUGUAGUCUCACUGUUUUUUUAUGGCUCAUUCCUAAUUUAUCCAUCAGUUGUGAUAUAAAAUUCGAUAGCAACAUUUUGCUCUUAUAAAUCUGUCAUUAUGUUAU